CGACUUGCUCGCAUGAUCAUUCCCAUUAUCAAAUAACAUUUCAAUUUUGUACUCUUGAACAGCCGAACGAACCUCACUCGUGAUUUGUGGGAGGUUGGCCUGGUAGUCAUAUCAGUCGGCGAGUAUCUCCGACAUUCGUGGUAUCUCUUACUUAGUUGCUGGACAACAGAACGAGGAAGAUAUACGCCAUUUCCACAACUACUCAGAGGAAGACAGCGCCCUCUCGACGGUCGUUUCAUGAUCUGCGUAAUUCCGGACUCGAAGCUGAUCCUGGAGGAAACGUCGAGGUCACGGCUCGGCAUCACACUUGGAGCAGAUCAUUUCAAGAUUGUAUCGAUCUGGUCUAUGAGCACGCGAGCCAGACGAAUGACAUCCUAAGCAAUACUUCAACUCUCGACAGAAUCCUAAACCUUUGAAGAAUCCUCCAUCAUCGAAAAACAACACAAUGACGAUGACGGACCUCAUCAACUCCCCGCUCCUCGACCUCCUCGCCGCAUCCCUCAGACCCUCACCAACAUCGCUCGUCACCCAACGCAAACGCUUCCUCCUAGCUCCCGUCUCCCUCCUACUACGCCAUCCCUCCCGAUAUCCGAUCCCCCUCGCACCCAUAACAUCGAGCAGCCUCCUCACGACCCUAUCCCCGCUCCUCACCUUCCUCCUGGAAAACUUCCUCGCCACCGAACUCGUCGCCAUGCUCGCCAUCAGCUGCGCCUGGAUCUGCCACCCGCGCAGCGAGCUGCAGCUCCGCGCCGGCCUCGCUCCCCCGCCCUGGUUCCACACCUGGCUCGCGGGCUUCCGGGUCGCCCACGCGCUCCUCGUCAACGUCGUCUACCUCCUCGCCGGCGCCGACACCCCGCUCGUGCCCUUCCGCGUCGCGAUCGGGAUGUGGACCGUGGGCAUCUUCGUCGUCGGGGGGCUGGUCGCCGCGUACGUCGGCCGCGCCAUGGUCAGGGAUGCCUUUGAGGAUUGGCGCUGGACGAAUCGCGUCAGGAAAAGCUAUGCCAUGGCGGGUGCUGCCGGCGGCAGGUGGAGGGAGGGAGCGUUUGCGAGACGGAGGAGGGAGGCGGAGAGGGUCGCUUCGUUAUCGUCAGAGCAGUCGUCGGCGACGUCAGCGGCGGUGGAGCAGGGGGGGUCUUCGAGGUCGACUUUGGGCGGGCAGGGAGUUCUUGGGGAGAGCAGUAGGAAGCUUAAGCGGGAAUGACGGAGGUCGUAUCUUUCCUGCAUCCAUACGCGUGGUUGUUGUGGAGGUUCGGAGAGGGCGGAAGAUCCUCGCCUGUGAUCGGCGGCUGAAGCAGCUCAUCGAGAGCUUCUCCAUAUCUUGACAUGAUUGACGAAUGACGACACGAUGAAAUUUGAUAUAUUUAUUAAUGCAUAAAACAUUCA